AUGAGGGAGCCGUGGAAGAAGGGGCAUUACAUUUACGUGGACACCUCCUUUGCCAAGCAGGGGGAGAAAGCCGUGCUGCUAAGUUCUGACUUACAGGCUGAGGAAUGGAGCUGCCUCCGCUUGGUCUACCAGAUAACCACGUCUUCAGGGUCUCCGUCAGAUCCCAGCCAGCUGAACCUCUAUGUGAGAUUUGAAGAUGAGAGCUUUGAUCGCUUGCUUUGGUCAGCUAAGGAACCUUCAGACAGCUGGCUCAUAGCCAGCCUGGAUUUGCAAAACAGUCCCAAAAAAUUCAAGAUUUUAAUAGAAGGUGUACUAGGACAGGGAAACACAGCCAGCAUUGCGCUCUUUGAAAUCAAGAUGACAACUGGCUACUGUAUUGAAUGUGACUUUGAAGAAAAUCAUCUCUGUGGCUUUGUGAACCGCUGGAAUCCCAACGUGAACUGGUUUAUUGGAGGAGGAAAUACUCGGAACUCCCACUCCAUUCUCCCACAGGAUCACACCCUCAAGAGUGAAUUGGGUCCCUCAGUCAGCUGCUGGCCUCUACAUGUAUGCAGUCAAGUGGCAGGCACCAGUCUUGGUGCCCCACAAACUUCAAUUGUCUCUGAUCAAGUUCCCUCAAGAACUAUGACCACCCUCACCUCCAGGCCCAAGAUGCCUCUAAUGGAGGCAGCCCCCGGGACGGCCCCCAUGUCUGGCUGCCUGUCAUUUUAUUACCAGCUCCAGCAGGGGAAUGACAACAUCUUCUCUGUUUAUACUCGGGAUUUGGCGGGCCUUUAUGAGGAGAUCUGGAAAAGCCAUUCAGGAAAUCCUGCCUGGAACCUUGCAGAGGUGGAGUUCAGUGCUCCGUACCCCAUGGAGAGGCAAACUUCCAGGGCUUCUCCUAGAUUUUGGAGGGUUCAGGUACCAGAUCCCCGUAGGAACAUUGUUAUUUGGCUGAAAGGAACCUUAAGAACCAUCUCGCCCAAAUGCUUUUAUUCCAAAGUGAAGAAACUGAGGCUGGAGGAGAAAGGGGGCCUGCUUGAACUAAUUAACGGCCAACUGGGCUCAAACCUGAUUGUUAUUUUUGAAGUUGCUUUCAAUGGUCCCAAAGGAGGGUAUGUUGCCCUGGAUGAUAUUUCUUUCUCUCCUGUUCACUGCCAAAAUCAGACAGUCCCUGAAGAAAAGCGGGUGAGACAGAAACUAAAGAGAAGUAGCGAAGGAUACUGCCUUGCUUCCUGCGCCGGCUGCAGCCAGCCUUAUGCCUUUAUAGAGCAGCUGCGGGCCACGUUCUGA